AAAAAAGCAAAAAUUAAUUAAUUAAUCAAAAUUGAUAAGUCAAUCAAAUAAAUGAAUAAGCUCGAUAUAUUUGGAAGUUAAGUUUCUGUAAGAUUUCAGGGAUCUUCAAUCCAUAAAACUAAAUUUGGAGCAUUUUUAACUAUGGUUUUAUUCUUAAUAAUAAUGCUAAGAUUAGGAAUUUUAAUAUACAACGUACUUGAUGGAAGAAAUCCAACAGUUCUUUUUUAAGAAAGAUAGGUAUAAGACCCAAAAAAAUUUGUCAUAACCCCUGAUACCCUUUCUCUUGCUAUUGGAGUUCUUGAUACUAACUAUAACUAUUAUAUUGACAAUAGCUUAUUCACAAUAUAAGGAGUACAUAAGACAAAAUAAAAUGUAUACAACUAAACUACAGGUCAGUAUGAUUAAAUUUUCUAAUCAAGAGUGUUUAAUCUAGUUAAUUGCACUGAUGAUAAUGUGCCUGAUCCUAAAUUAAGAGAAUAUUUUCUCAAAUCCUAGCUUUAUAUGCAUCAAUGUAUUCCAAAAGAUAUGGUAUUGGAGAUUGAAGGAUAGUUCAACUCUGACUUUUACUAAGAGCUUAAUUUUUACUUUUACAAAUGUACUGGAAAUGGAUGCAAAGACGAAAAAUAAAUAAAUGCUCUAGUAAAUAACAAUAAUAUCGAGCUAUUAUUUACAGAUGUUUACUUUGCACCUGAAAACAAAGAUAACCCCUUUGUAAAAUUUUCAAGAGAUUUAUACUGGAUUACCAGUUAAAAUCUUCCUAGAGAAGCUAAUGUUUUUCUUAGAAACAACUAUGUUGAGAGUGAUUUUGGAUGGAUAACAUCAGAUAUCACAACUUAAGUUUAUCCCUCUUUCAGCUACAAUGACGAUUAAAUAGUUGAUCCUUCAAAUCAAUUUUUCUUUCAUUUAGUUAUAAGAUUUGAAAAAGAAAAAGAAAAUUUAUAUAAAAGAACUUAUGAUAAUUUAUUUACAAUUAUGUCUUAAAUUGGUGGUUUUUCUUAAAUUUUGCUCACAGUCUUUUCAUUUAUUGGUUUUAGAUACUCAGAAAUUCAUUUAAGUAGAUCUUUAAUUAAUUAAUCAUUAGACUUUUAAGAUGUCACAAAUAAGCCAAAUUAAGGCACACUGAUAUCAAACCCUACUUAGGUUAAUAUUCAUCCUCUUAAUAACAACAAUAUUAAAGAUAAUAAUAUUAUAGAUGGAGCAGAUUCUUAGGGUAUUUAAAAAUAAAUACACUAAAAAUAAGCUACUUUUAGCCAUAUUAUUAAUGAAAAGUCCAUUAUUAAUGCAAAUUAACUUGAAAAUGCUAACUUUUCUCCUAUUUUCUCUAAAGAUAUUAAAUACUGUCUUGAAAAUAAAACUAAUUAAAAUUAACUAAAUUUAUCAUAAAUGCUAAAUAAAAAAAAUGUAGAAGAUUAAAAAUAAAAAUUAAGUGAAGAGGAUAUUUUGUAAGAAUACUAAAAAUAACUAGAGAUUACCUAAAAUUACUCAAAGUUAAAAUUUAAUGUUUUUUCUUAUAUGCUAUCAUUUGCUACAAAAGCUUUUAAGAGUUUUAGGAAUAAAAAAAAAAUAAUUGACUAUGCAUUCAAAGAGAUUGAUAAUAACUUAGACAUUGAAUACAUAAUCAAAAAAUUUGUAGAAAUAGAUAAAUUAAAAAGAAUUUUACUUAAUGAUGAUUAAUUAACUUUAUUCAAUUUAAUUCCUAAACCCCAAAUACUUUACAAAGUUGAUCAAAAAUAAGGUGUUGUUAUCGAGAAAAAUUCAUUGUUAAAUAAUAAGGAAAAUUUAAGUAAUUUUGAAUAAUUUAAAAAGGCGAAAUAAAGCUUUAAAAAUAUUUACGGGAAGCAAAAAUAAACCAAAAUCGAUUUAAGUAUUUUAAAUUUGAUAGAUGAUAAGCAGUAUCAAAUGUUAAGCAAUUAAUUGCCUACAAAAUAAUCCUAACAAAAUUAUUAAUAGUAAAUGAUAAAAAUGCAAAAUUUAUAAAAUAAUUUCCCUUAUAAUCUUGAGUAAUCAUCAAGUGCUAAUUAUGGGAAAAACUAAGUAAAUUAAGAUGAAGGACCUUAAGAUAGUUCUGAAGAUUAUUUUGAUUAAAAUAAAAUAAAAAAAUAUUCUACAUUAAAAAAAGUAAGAAAUCCUAGUCUUUACUCCUCUACUUCAAAUUAAGAAAGGAAUAACAUUUAUUAAAUAUAAGACUAUGUUGAAGAACACUUGUGA